AUGUCCUGGAGCGCACUCAACCGCAAGGCCCCCGGCGUCUUCAACGAAGGCACUAAGCCCGUGUGGCUCACCCUGUUCCCGCUCAUCGCCGGUGGUUGCUUGUGGGCUGGUUACGUCAGCACCAGGACCCUCUUCGGCCACAACGAGAUUGUGCUCUCGUCCAAGGGUCAGGAGCCCUACCUCGAGAGGGACUCGCCCAAGCUGCUCGGCCGCGACAGGAACGUCUCGACGCACGCCAAGUACAACGCCAUGAUGGACGGCAAGCAGUAA